CAAACUCUUGCAAGUUAUACAUGAGUAUCAAUGUGAGCCCUAUAGAAGCAAGCUAUGGUCUAAUGAGUACUUCAGAAUCCGAAACAGAUUUUGUUCACCACAUAGCCUUAUUUGCAGCACUUCUUUGUGCUUGCAUUGUAAUUGGUCAUCUUCUUGAAGAAAGUCGAUGGAUGAAUGAAUCUAUUACCGCUCUUGCAAUUGGUUUAGGCACGGGUUGUGUGAUAUUACUAACUUCCGGUGGUACAAGCUCACACAUAUUGGAGUUCAAGCAGGAGUUUUUCUUUAUCUAUCUCCUUCCACCGAUUAUCUUCAAUGCAGGGUUUCAAGUUAAAAAGAAACGGUUUUUCCAGAAUUUCACGACUAUUACUUCAUUUGGAGCCAUUGGUACAUUAGUAUCCUUUGCCAUUAUAUCAUUCGGUGCAACACGUUUGUUCCCUAAACUAGACAUCGGUUACCUUGAAAUGAAGGAUUAUCUUUCACUUGGAGCCAUCUUUUCUGCAACAGAUUCCGUUUGCACCUUGCAGGUUCUAAAUCAGGAAGAAACGCCACUACUAUACAGUCUAGUUUUUGGGGAGGGUGUGGUUAAUGAUGCCACAUCAGUUGUACUUUUCAAUGCAAUUACAAAAUUUGACCUAUCAGACAUGAACACAUACACUGCCCUUAAGUUUGCUGGAAAUUUUUUGUCGUUAUUCGUAUUAAGUACUUUUUUGGGAGUUUUGGUUGGGUUGGUUUGUUCAUUCACCAUUAGAACUCUAUAUUUUGGAAGGAACUCAACAGAUCGUGAAGUUUCUCUUAUGAUACUCAUGGCUUACCUCUCAUACGUUUUAGCUGAAGUUUUUGGAUUAAGUGGGAUCCUUACUGUAUUCUUUUGUGGUAUUGUCAUGUCACACUAUGCUUGGCAUAAUGUAACCAUCAAUUCACAAGUAACUACAAAGCAUGCUUUUGCAACAAUGUCAUUUAUUGCGGAAAUCUUCAUCUUCAUGUAUGUUGGUAUGGAUUCCCUGGAUGUGGAAAAAUGGAAAUUUGUCAAAGACAGUCCUUUACAAUCUUUUGGAGCAAGUGCUGUACUGCUUGGACUAAUGAUGGUUGGCCGAGCAUGUUUUGUGUUUCCUAUUUCAAUAAUAUCCAACUUAACCACGAACCGUAUGAGUAACAAGAUUGAGUUUAAGCAGCAGGUCACAGUUUGGUGGGCUGGUUUGAUGAGGGGCGCUGUCUCUGUGGCGCUUGCUUAUAAGAAGUUUACAGGGUCUGAUGAGCAAUCUAUUCAGCCAGCAAAUGCACUACUGAUCACCAGUACCAUAAUUAUAGUUCUUUUCAGUACCGUGGUGUUUGGAUUGUUGACUAAGCCAAUUAUAAACCUUUUAUUGCCUCAAUCAUCAAACGUGGACCACAAGCAACCAUCAAGUCCAAAGUCCAUCAUGAUGCCACUUCUAGGCCACGGACCUGAUGUAGAUGCGGAAAGAAGAGAGGAUGAAACUUUACAGAACACAACCAAUCUACAAAUGCUUUUUAACAAUCCUACCAACAGCAUUCAUCACUAUUGGAGAACCUUUGAUGAUGCUUUCAUGCGUCCAGUUUUUGGCGGAAGGGGAUUCAUAUCUUAUGUCACUGGUGCCCGUGACGUGGCAUUAACUUAAUGAUGUGGACUAUGUUUUUGUAUAUAGUCGGAAUUUUGUGUUAUCGAUCAAGUCACAACUAAAUACAGAAAUAACAUAAAUCACUUUACU